CUCGGAUUACAACGUGAACGCAGCAUUGCGUUAGCUUCACAGUUAGCUCCCGAUGCUAAGGUUCAAUAAGUUUCGCCGAAACGGCGAUUAUAUUUCUUGCUGUCGCCUUUUUCAAAGUAGCGGCGCUGUGUCGGAGCACCCGCUAUUACCUUUAAAUAAGCAGCUUAUGUAAAUGAUCCUGUUUUUAUUUUUUGCUAACCUGAGACGUGCUAGCCAAGAUGAAUUGGCUAUCGCCUCACACUGUCGGAGCAAACCCUUGCAGGCAGAGGCAACAGCCUCUCAUGGAUGCUGUUGCAGUAAGAGAAGAAACUUUGAUGCGUCGAAAGUUCCCAAAGAAAGGGCCUAAACCAAGUGAGAUGGAGGACGUCCUGGAAAACGUAGUUGCUUUGGUGAGGCAGCACCCGGAUGGGAUACCACUGAAAAAACUGUCCAUGUACUACAACCAGACAUACCGCACUAACCUGGCUAUACGGGACUUAAACUUCACCUCCAACCUGAGCAUGGUUUCCUCUCUGGAAGACCUGGUAGUUGAGGGGCAGCUGGUGUUUCACAAGGAUCAUCGUCCUCAAAGCCCGGAUGCUGCUGGAGCUGAAUGCAGGCCACCGGCGCCUCAACCCGAGGCAGUGACAAAAGCUAAAAAGAAAGAGAAAAAGACUGAAAAGGCUCUCCAAAAUGUUGUUGACUUGAUAAAGGAACUUCCCGAGGGGAUUCCCCUGGAGAACGUGGCAAUAGUCUACCGCCAGAAAUACAAGAAGAAGUUGUCCCCGCCUGCUUUGGGUUUCCAAACUGUGUCACGUAUGGUAGAAUCGCUGAAAGAGGAUCUGGUUUUGCAGGGGGAGAUGGUCUUCCAUAGGAUGUACCUCCCUGAAAGUCGGCCUGCAGCGGGAACGUCAACAAAGAUCAAAGUAGGCAGUCGCCCCCAAACUCCAAAGACACCAGACAGCCUGAAGGAGAGCAGGAGCAGUCACCCAGGUAAUCAAGUAGCCGCGUCCCUGUGGGAGAAGAGCCCUCACGGUGUGUCCGUCCCUCAGUCGGGGGUGAACCUUAUCGGCUCCCCUUUGAUGGCCUCUGGCUCUUCGUCCUCAGCCCACAUCAUUUUUGGGAGCCCACCGGUUGCUGCCUCCCCGCCAGCCAAGCCUCUGACCCAAGACCAGCUGUUCGGGCGAGUGUUGGAGAUAAUAAAGACCUACAAACUAGCAACUCCAACGAUGGAGCAGCUCCACACCUACUACCCUCAGAUGUUCGGCGAGCCAUUCCCACUCAGGCAGUACAUGACCUUGUAUGACAACGUGGAAGCUGGGAAGAAGCUGUCGGCUCCGGCUGAAUCUGCAGCAAAUUCCAAGGCCGACGCAUGGCAGACGAGCAAAGCAACACAGAAUCGUAAAGAGGGCGCCGCUGAAGAGCCGAGCCUGCUCUUGGAGCAGGACUUCCCAGUGCUGGGGGCGAGCGCGCCAGCGGCCAAAGAGAAGAAAAGCAAAGCGAAAGAAGACAGCCAGAGAGAGGCCGGCGCGGCCGUCUUCAGAGAGAGGCAUUACGCCCAGCAGAGGGAGGUCCACGGAGGCAACAUGCGGGCCUUGGAGGCCAUGGAGGAGGACAACGAAGAUCCGAGGUCGAGGAGGAGGAACAGGUCCGUGGAUCCGGAAUGGAUCAACAGCGUGACGGAGAGCGCGAUACGAGAAAUCGCCUCUGAGGGAGAGCUCGUCACGAAAGAAAAGGUGAUAUCCCGAGUCUGCAGAAUGAUUCCCACUUUAGACCCGGGAAUGCUGAAACCUUGGACAGUUCCUGCUCUGAAAGACCUGCUGUACCUCACCAGAGAGAUCAACAUGUUCAUAGAGGCUGCUGAGGCAGUGACAUCCAUCUGUACGCUGUAUGAGCUGGGUCAAAUGCUGGCGGGCCUGAAGGACAAGAAGUGCUACCAGGAGCUGAACCUGGGGCCCCUGUGCAAGCUCCCUCUCGUGCAUCGCAUGUUCAAGAUCGACAGCAACACUAAAGACGACGACAUCCACGAGAUCGAGACCGUGCACAUCUUAAAGCAAAUUAACAUUUUUAGGAGGAAGCAUUUGAAGCAAAGGUUAGACCUGGCGGACUUUAUGAAGCAUCUGGCUGAUCACUACAACUGUGAGUCUCCGUAUGAGCUGGGGAUCAGGAUACACAGCUUUGGUCUGCCCAUUUCGAGCCUGAUCAAGGUGAGCCGAUGUGAGCAAACCAUCUUGGAGCGUGCCAGAGAGGUCAUCCAGAAGGAGCUGGAGGAGGAGACCAUGGAGCGGCUGAAAAAAAUCAAGAAGAGUGUUUUAGAACCGAUGCAAGGCGUGGGUUCUUUCUCCUCCACAGGAAACUCCGAUCUGAGGAAAAAGUAUGCCUCUAUGACGGCAGCUGACGUCGUGCUGGAGGUCUUUUCAAACGCCCAGGGAGUGUUUAGCUCCAGGAUGGCCAAGCACGUCCAGAGCUUCCUCGUGGAGGUGUCGGCUGAUCGGCUGGCAAGAGCUCUGUUCCAGCUGGCCGUCUGCGGAGGCUCUCUGGCUGUCCCGCAGGACCUGGUGCUCAAAGACAAGACCCCCAAAACGUCUGCAGAGGCUAAGACAGGCGACCCAGCUGCACCAGCCCUCCCCAGCGAAGCUAAAGUGAAGCAGUAUGUCAAAGAGCAGCUGGGUGCUCAGAAGUCAGUCGUCACCCUGGCAAACAUCGCGGCUCUGGAGAAGAAGCUGGCCAAACACUUUCACGUCAAGGAUUUCUUCUCCUUAGAGCAAGGAACCUUCCUGGACUUCCUGGUCAAACACAUUCAGCUGCUGCAGGAGACUCUAGGAUCCGCUCUGUUCCUGGGAACCAACGUCGAGCUGACAGGCAGUGGCUUCAGACCCAGCAGACAGGAUGUGUUUGAAUUCAUCAAGCAGUGCGGCACCACAUCCUCCAGCGGUCCAGAUGAACUCGCUCACAUUGAGGCAGCGCUGAGGUCCCACUACAGGAUCCGGGACAGUCGGGACCUCGGCUAUGGGACCCUGCACAUGCUGGCCGACUUGGUCAAGAGGCAAAGAGAGCUUAUUGGAGGAGGAGGGGGACUGAGCCCCGUUUACUACGAGUCGGCUCUGCUUGCCAAAAACAGCAAAUCAAGCGUUGAAAGUGGCUAUGAGUCAGUGGGACGCCUGGGUGACAUGUCUAAAGACCAGGCCCUGGCCAGCCUGCUCUCAUGUCCUCUCCUGGAGGAUUUAAACAACUGGAGCCAAUGGGAGCUGAUCUUUAAACCCCUGCACGGCCCCCUAAAAGACUUCAUCGAAAGAAACGCAGCAAACACAGGCCUGGCGGUGUUAGAGGUGUCGCCAGGCCUGCUGCUGAGGAUCACCACGGACACGGGCGACAAACACUUCACCAGCGCGGCCGCCGCCCUCGAUCCUGUCACCACAGCCGGACACCUGGUGUCCAUGGUGGCAGCCGACGGGAUUGACAACGCUCCCUUGGCUCUCCUGGCCAAUCACAUGCAGAACUCCCUGGCAGCAGCCGUGGCCGAAGAAGAUCUGUCCAGGGCAGAGGAGGAUGUGACGUGUUACAGCCGAGUGGCUACGUUCCUGCUGCGAUGCCUGACACGAAUCCCCACCAGAACCUGCCAGGCGCUUCUGCAGCAGGUGUUCCUGGAGCCCUUCUCCCGCGUUUUGGGCCAGGCCAAGUCUAAAGAGGUCCUGAUCACUGUGGCUCAGGCUGACCCCAAACAUCUGAGCUGUCUGCACCGGCUGGGCAUCCUGCUGGGAAUCACAGACUGGGUCAAAGACUACCAGAAAAAGCUGACGCCUCCCCAGAGCCAAAGCAAUAAUGUUUAUGCAGCAGCACGUCGGGAUCACGCCAAGGUAACGCCCAAUCUGACAGACUCUGACAGCAGCAGUCUGUCCGCUUUAAACAUGAGUGAAGACGAGUCCCUCGAUGAUGACAUCAUGGACAGCAACUCUGUGUCUUCCCAGCUCAACCAGGGCAUUCAGCAAGAUGUUCCUCUAGUUAAUGGUGACCAGUCCAGAGAGCUUGACGAACAGGAGGAUGAAGAGGAGGAGGAGGAGGAGCUAUAUGAGCUGGCCUCGAUUCCUAAUGGAGAGACCUCCAACAUCAGCAGUGAAGCUGAAUGUGGUCAGAGCGAAGAACAGCUGGACAGCUCUGACACAGACAGCUGCCAGGCAGGGCAUGCAUCCCCCCUCCAGAAAAACGUCAUUGAAGACAUCAGGAAAAGCGAGUUUGGCAUUGGGGUGGAACUGAACGCAGAAGGCCAGAAGUUGAUGCAGGUCCACCAGGAGCGACUGGGCCGCAGCUUGGACCGCCUGUCCACUGAGCUCUACAGCAAAGACACACACUUUGUCCUGGAACUCAUUCAGAACGCCGAUGACAACAGCUAUCCCGCUGAGGGCGGUGUCGUUCCAGCGCUCGCCUUUGUGGUCGAGAGAGACUGCAUCACUGUCCUCAACAAUGAGACGGGCUUCCAGGAGAAGAACAUCAGGGCCAUCUGUGAUGUAGGCCGCAGCACCAAGGGAAAGCACAAAUACGGAUACAUUGGACAAAAAGGAAUCGGCUUCAAGUCUGUGUUCAAGGUCACGGAUUGUCCCGAGAUCCACUCCAACGGCUUCCACCUGCGCUUCGACAGGAACUGCGGCCCCAUGGGAUACAUCCUCCCCCACUGGACCGAAGAGGAGAGGCCUCUGGACGCACAGCUCAAGGACAUCCAUCGGCACAGCUGGACCACAAAAAUCUGCCUUCCUUUGCGUUCUGAAAGUCAUCAGACCAGGAACCUGUUCCACGACGUUCACCCCUCCCUGCUGCUCUUUCUGCACCGCCUGCGCUCCAUCACUAUCUACAAUCAAAGCGAGAAACGCCUCGUGACCAUGACUCGCAAAGACCUUAGUCACAAUUUGUUGGAGGUGGAGCACACAGAGGGCACAGAGCGCUGGCUGGUGGUCAAAACCACACUGCAGCCCAAGAAGAUAAAAGAAGAUGUCGAGUCGACCGAGCUCGCUCUGGCUUUCCAGCUCGGGGGUAAUGAGGCAGAAACGGACAUCGUCUGCCAGCCCCAGAAGCAGCCGGUGUUCGCUUACCUGCCCCUCCGCAGUUUCGGCUUUCGUUUUAUAAUCCAAGGCGAUUUCGACAUCCCUUCUUCUCGGGAGGAUGUGGACAGGGACAGCUCCUGGAACCAGUGGCUUCGGUCGGAAAUACCUCAACUCUUCCUCAAAGCCAUGGACGUCUUCACCGCUCACCCGGAUUACACGGGGCUGAAAGGUCUCUGUCAGUUCCUGCACUUCAUCCCCCUGCCUGACGAGGUGCUGGACUUCUUCAAGCCUGUCGCCGGGCAGAUAAUUCAGCUGCUGAAGGGGAGGCCCUUCCUGCCGACGCUUACUUCAGGCGGUACGGUUGUGUACAAGCUGCCGUCCCAGGUGGCUGUCUGUCAGGACGCCGUGAUCCGCGACGUGAUCAGCGGCGACGAGCUGGAACGGCAUCUGUCUCUGUCCUAUCUCCACCCGGGUCUGAGCCCCCCGCCUCCCCGCUCCCUGCUCACUCACAUGGGAGUCCGGUACCUGCGGGGGUCAGACGUUACCACGGUAACCACGGCGAUGGCGAAGGAGCUGGUCAGAGCGGAGGGCAUCAAUUCAGAGGAAGGCCUUCGUCAGUUGGCCAGGCUGCUGGUUUGCAACUUUCGAGCAAUGGAGCACGGCUACGGAGAGGCAGAGUCCAUCCUCCAGAACCUCAGAGGUCUGACCGUCAUCGCUCUGGCUGACGGACGGGUGGUGGCGCUCAGCGAGGAGAGCGUCUUCUUUCCCAUGGAAGAAGCCAAGACAAAGAAGGAGAAGAAAGCUCAAACUCAGACAGGACCACUGUCUGCAUUGUACCAGGAUCUAAAUGUGGUUCACCCCUCUCUGCUGAACUGUUUGCCCCCCCUGGAAAGCCAGCAGGUCAGAGAGCUGCUGAAAAGGCUGGGAGUCCAUGAGCUCGAGCCGCAGGAGCUUCUGGAGCAGCACAUCUACCCCACAAUAAACAGUAUCAAAUGGAAGUCAAAGCCUGAGCCGGUGGUUGUGAGUUACUUGGUCUUCAUCAAGCGGCACUCCUCCUCUGGCCAGGAGUACUCGGACAUCGCAGUACCCGUCCUCACCAGCAGGGGGCUGCUGUGCCCCUUUACCGAAAGGGUGCAUUUCUCUAAGGAGUAUGACAACAUGGACCUGCCACAAAUGUUGCCUGGCUGCGACUGGAUCUUGCUGAGCCCGUGUUAUGUGGAGACAGACGGCGACGUGGAAGGAUGGAGAGAGCUGUUCAGCAGACUGGGCGUCAGGGAUGGCCUCAUCAUCCGCAGAGAGCGGCGAACGCUCGCUCCUGAAGAACUGGCUUCCAGUCCGUGGUUGGCUGAAAGUGCAACGUGGCACCAGAGUCCAGGAAAGGACCGUGUGCUUGAUGACUACCCCUGCGAGGAGUUCCACGCCUUGGCCACAGCUCAGCUCCCCGGCUCCGUCCUCCUGCAGCAGAGGAUGUUUUUGUUGCAGCUGCUGGAGGCCAACUGGGACAGCGGACACCGUUACUCUCAGUACCUCACGGCUCAGGUUAUAGACGGCGACGGGCGACCAACCAAAAACACCAGGUCCUCCUUUUACCACCUGCUGUGCAGUCUUGAAUGGGUGCCGGCCUAUCACCAAGUAGAGGACGGAAAACCAGAGCGAGGGUACCUCUGUCCUAGCUCGGUCUACCUGACGUCACCCGAAGUCACCAGCCUGCUGGGGACUCACGUCUUUUAUGUGGACAUACGCUCCAGCGACUUCAGCAGAGCAUUAGGGAUGAGAGAAACUGUCUCAGUAGAGGUUCUGAUUCAGUACCUGAAGGAAUGGUGCAUCAAACCAGAAGAAGACAACCAGGAGCAGAGGUCAGCCGUGGACGAGACAGAGGGAGCCUAUUUCACCUCCAGCAUCAAACACAUCCACAACGUCUACACCUACCUGAAGGACAAGUGCUCCCAGAGCAGCCUGAAGGAGCUGUUCCAGCUCAUCCCUGCUGUGUUUAUAGAGUACAAAAGGCUUAGUGAUGACUGGUGUUCGGGGCGCUUCUACCACCUGAAGGAGGUGUGCUGGAGUGACAACACCAGCAUGUUCCAGCGUUACAAGCUGCUGACCCAGAAGGAAGACAGUCCCUUCCUGCAGCCCAAAGUCCUGGCUCCUUUCUACAGCCAGCUGGACGGCAUGAGAGACUUCUUCCUGAACCUGCUGAACAUCGAUGAAAGCCCCAACAUGAAGCAGUACGUGGGUUUGUUGGAGCUCAUCUGCUCCUCGGCCAGCAUACCGACUGCUGAACUGCUGCAGGACGUUUCCAUACUCUACGCCAAGCUCGCUCAAAAAUGUAAGCGAAAGGUGUCCGGAGACCAGGACGGCAUCCCUGAGACCAGAUUUGAUAAGAGUUACGGCUCCCAGUUGAAAGUCAUGGUUUCUGACAAGAAGGUCUUCCCCACAAAGGACGGCUGGGUGAGUCUGACACGGAAGCCCAUGAUAGGGGAUGACAAAGAGCUGGAGAAGAUCUUCAAACCUCACAAGGAGGUGUGUCUGCUCUACCUGCCCCCGCCAGAGAAGAGGGCUGUUUCCAGGACUAAGACCGAUCCAACGGUCGCAGGAGAUCCAGCUACUAGACCCGCCUUCAUCGAGAAGGACAGGCUGUUAUUCCUGGAGAUCUGUGGCAUCCGUCAGCUCUCCCACUGCGUCACCUCGGAGCCGCAAACUGAGAACUGGAGGCCGUGUCCGUCCAUGCAGUCGCUGGUGCGCUCAGUCGUCCCCUACAUCCAGAGGUUCCUGUACCACCACGACGAGCUGGCCGACGUCUACUCGCAGCUGGUUGACAGGAACAUUGCAGAGAAACUCAAGCGCCUUUCCUUUGGACAGGUGGGGAAGCUGUACACCCGCUACCAGCUGGACGUUGCUGGCUCAGAGGUCCCGGUGAUAGAGCUGCAGGAUGUCAUCUGCCUGCUGAACGGUGAAAAGGAGCUCUACAUCCAGAAAGACCACAUCUCUGAAAAACUGGAAAUCCUGAGUGAGCUGGUGAAGCUGUUCUGCACAGAGAGCAGCCACAGGACAGAGCUGAAGCACUUCCUGACCAUGGUGAUAAACAGCAACCCAAAGGCCCUGGAGAGAUUGCUGAGCAAGAAGGACAUCGGAGAGCUGCCCAGCGAUGAGGAGCAGUGGGAGGUUCCAGAGCCCAUCACACCAGAGCCCACCAUGGACAGAGUGUUUUCCAGGAGUCUGUCUUCCAUCAGCCCUGCAGAGGAGCCAAACGGUCCCGCUCAACCAGACGGGGAACAAACGCUGGUUUGCUGGCCUCCUCGAGCGUCUCUGCUGAACACAAGCAGCAGCCGUGCAGGUCAGCCUAAAAGCGAAGCGGUAGAGGCCGUCUUGAAGAUGUGGCCUCCUCCUGCCGCUCCUAAAGACAGAGACACAGAGAAGGAAGACGGCCCCGGCAGAAGAAGCUGCGAAGGCGACCAGGCGCCCAGGAGCGGCAGCAGAGCCGCACACCCUCCGGGCCCUCAGAGGGCCCCCAGCCAUCACACGGAGGCUGCCGCCACCGUCAGCGCCCCGAAGCCUCCAGAGCACAGCCAGCAGGCUGAGACCAGCGAGUCCCAGCAAGCCGAGGGUGGAGAGGAGAGCCUCGCUCCUCCAAGGCCGGCUCCAAAUCCUCCGUCUGAGCAGCCUGCAGAGUCCUCCGGCGCCCAGCCUCCUCCAAACAGCCUGGUCGGCCCCGAGGCGGUGGUGCCCUCCGGUACGUUCCAGGGGGCGGCGGCGGCUGCAGACCCCCAGCGUCCUCUCCUGAACAUGAACUUCCCUCUGUGGGACAAAGAGCUGUCUCCACAGGCCACCCUGGAGGACAUGGAGCUCCCGUGUCAGAUACCCAGCACCGUGGUGUUCCUGGACGAGCAGAUGGACCUGGCGGCGAUCGGCGAGUGGGGGGAGCAGCUGGUCAACUCCUUCCUGUGCCACUGGAGAGACAGCGGCGACCCCGCGCGGCCCACCCACGUGCUGUGGUGCAACCAGAGCGGAGAGAGCGGCCAGCCCUACGACUUCAAGCUCACCUUCGGAGAGGCGGGCGCCAUAUUUGUGGAGGUCAAGUCGACGCUGAAGAGGGAGAAGUCCUUCAUCCACAUGUCGGCCAACGAGCUGGACUUCGCGCUGAAGGAGAAGGAGCGCUACCACAUCUACAGGGUGUACAGCGCCGGCGACGCCCGCAACGUCCGCCUGUGUCGCAUCCAGAACCUGGCGCAGCAUCUGCACACCAAGGACCUCGCACUUUUUCUCUUUGUGUAGUUUCUACGUGGGUCUCUGUACGUAUUUGCACUGUAUCGUCACUGACAGCCUAGAAGUGUUUUGUAUACUUUUAAAGUUUUAUCUUCUGUAUAUGAGGUGUUUUAUCCCAGUGGUUUGUCGCUGCACUCUUAUUCCUUUUUUAAAUUCAAGCAUUGCUUUCAAAUAAAAAGGUUUUUGUCACUCA